AUGAACUCGGUAAAGACACUUGGUACCGAGCUCUAUGGAAGUAGUAAUUCUUCUUUGUUUCAACCAUUUAUCUCCUUGGAGACUCUGCAGUUUGGGGAUAUGCAAGAGUGGGAGGAGUGGAAGCUAAUUGGAGGUACAUCUACAGAGUUUCUUAGUCUUGCACAUUUGUCACUAUAUAAAUGUCCAAAACUCAAGGGAAAUAUACCGGGAAACCUUCCUAGUCUUACAUUUUUGUCACUUUGCAACUGCCCCAAACUCAAAGGGAUGACAUCCAACAACCUUCCUUCCCUAAGAGAACUUGUGUUGCAAGAAUGUCCUCUAUUGAUGGAUUCAAGACAUUCGGAUGAUCAUAGCAACAACAUAUUUACAAGCCCAUCAUCAGAUGUAUUCAGUAAAUUGAUGAUAUGUCUAAGUUCUCUUCGAAAGAUGACGUUACACAACAUUUCAUCUCUAACGUCCUUCCCGAGAGAUGGUCUUCCCAAAACCUUACACUCUCUCAAAAUAUGGAAUUGUGGCAAUCUUGAAUUCCUUCCUUAUGAGUUCUUUCACAGUUACAAGUCACUCGAGAAUUUGGAAAUAUUCGAUAGUUGUAAUUCAAUGACAUCUUUUACCUUGUGCUUUCUCCCUUUCCUCCAAACUCUACAUAUUCUUAACUGUAAAAAUCUAAAAUCGAUAUUAAUUGCAGAAGACACAUCGCAGCAUAAUCUCUUGUUUCUUAGAACUGUCGAGAUAAGGAAUUGCGAUGAACUGGAGUCAGUUUCCCUGGGUGGAUUUCCCAUUCCUAACCUCCUACAUUUAAUUGUGAGUGGGUGUAAGAAGCUUAGUUCGCUUCCAGAACCAACAAACACUCUAGGUAUCCUUCAAAAUGUGAAAAUUGGUGACCUUCCAAGUCUGCAAUAUUUUGCCAUAGAUGAUUUGCCUGUCAGUUUACGAGAACUGAGUGUAUGCAGAGUUGGAGGGAUUUUGUGGAAUACAACUUGGGAACGUCUCACUUCUCUUUCAAUGUUGAGUAUUAUGGGUGAUGAUCUUGUGAAGGCGAUGAUGAAAAUGGAAGUUCCAUUGCUACCCACUUCUCUCGUUUCCUUAGCGAUCUCUCUUGAAGAUAUAGAAUGCUUGGAUGGGAAGUGGCUUCAACAUCUGACGUCCCUACAAAAAUGUAAGAUUCUUGGCGCAGUGAAGCUCAAGUCGUUGCCAGAAGAGGGGAAGUUGCCUUCCUCUCUUAAAGUACUGCAUAUCUAUAAUUGCCCGUUAUUGGCAGCAAGUUUGCUGAGGAAGGAAGGGAAAGAGUGGCGUAAGAUUGCUAGAAUUCCCUUUAUAUUUAUCAACGGAAAUAUCAUCACAUGA